UCGGGGUCCUUUCUGACGCCUCCCUAUUCGGUCUUCGGUAGCGAAAACGUGGAAGGCUCUAUCACAAGCAGGGAUCAGGGGGUUCUGCUGUCAUAUCUCAACCUGAGAGAUGGAGUACAUGCAAGCUCCUGCUACCAGCAGCCAGGGGAACAUCCUGUGCUGUACCUGUGGUGUCCCCAUUCCUCCUAACCCUGCCAACAUGUGUGUAGCCUGCCUGCGCACUCAGGUCGACAUCUCAGAGGGGAUCCCUAAGCAAGUCACGGUGCACUUCUGCAAACAGUGUGAACGCUACCUGCAGCCUCCAGCCACCUGGGUGCAGUGUGCUCUGGAAUCCAGGGAGCUUCUGGCCCUUUGUCUGAAAAAACUUAAGAGCUCAAUGACCAAAGUGCGCCUUAUCGAUGCUGGCUUCCUGUGGACAGAGCCCCACUCCAAGAGGAUUAAGAUGAAACUGACAAUCCAGAAAGAGGUGAUGAAUGGGGCUAUCCUGCAGCAGGUGUUUGUGGUGGAGUUUGUCAUCCAGUUCCAGAUGUGCGAUGACUGCCAUCGUGUGGAAGCCAAGGACUUCUGGAAGGCAGUGGUUCAAGUCAGGCAGAAGACUGUUCAUAAAAAGACGUUCUACUAUUUAGAGCAGCUGAUCCUGAAGCAUAAACUUCAUCAGAAUACCUUAAACAUCAAAGAAAUUCAUGAGGGUAUUGAUUUCUACUACGGCUCCAAGCAGCACGCACAGAAGAUGGUGGACUUCUUGCAGUGUACUGUGCCCUGCAGGUCCAAAACAUCCCAGCGUCUCAUCUCUCAUGAUAUUCACUCAAACACCUACAACUACAAAAGCACCUUCUCUAUAGAAAUUGUUCCUGUCUGCAAGGACAAUGUGGUUUGUCUCCCACCGCGGCUGGCCCAGAGCCUGGGGAACAUGGGUCAGAUCUGUGUCUGCAUCCGUGUCACCAGCACCAUCCAUCUCAUCGAUCCCCGCACCCUGCAGAUUGCAGAAGUGGAUGGGAACACAUACUGGCGCAACCCGUUCAACAGCCUCUGUAGCCCCCGGCAGCUGGAGGAGUUCAUUGUUAUGGACAUCGACAUCAUCAGAGACCAGAAGCUGGGUGCUGGAGCUGGCGUGAGGUCCAACAAGCACACCCUGGCUGAGGUUUGGGUCCAGAAGACCUCAGAGAUGGAUACGAGUCAGCAGUAUCACUGCCGUACUUUCCUGGGCCAUCUGCUCAACAUCGGAGACCUGGUGAUGGGACAAUACCAGGACUUCCUGGAGGACCUGGAGGAAGAUGAGGCAUUGAGGAAAAACGUCAACAUCUACAAAGAUGCCUCAAAGAUCCCAGUAGAGAGCGACACUGAUGAUGAUGGAGCCCCUCGUAUCUCCCUGAUGGAGAUGCUGGAAGAGCUCAGCCUGACGGAUGCAACAGGAGAGGAGGGAGCAGACAUGAUGACAGACUGAUCAGCUUUCUCUCCAACUUCAAAUGAUUUUGAAAGCUGAUCUGUCACUUUUCCCACCAGUAGCUGUGGAAAACGGUUGCAGUUUUUGACCAUAACUAAAACUUGGG